GAUAUAUUGAUAUAUUUAAAAUUAAACCAUUGGUAUUUUUAAUCAUAUUUUAUUGUUAACCUGGUAAUUGUUAUUGUCUGCUAAACAAUAUAUACUUGUAACUGUUAGAGAGUAUGAACACAAUAAAUACAAGCCUGUCAUUUUUCCUGUUUGUGUUUAAAAACAAUAAAACUUCUUGAUUCUUGAUUCCAGGUGAUGAAAUGCACGUACAACGCAGCAUAAGUCCAACCCCGUACUUCCGAGAUCUGUGGCAGAAUAUCGGUGGACUUGGCAUGAACAUCGUCAUGUUCAGGUAUGUUCGGCGGAAUAGUAAGGUGGAGACUGACCCCAUUGCCUUGUUGAAUGCCACCCGUGCCCUCGACUUUGCUAUCGACUUUGACUUCAUCGUUGAGCAGAUAUCAAUAGACGAGUGGGGUGUGUCGGUCUAUCUGAUGACGGACACUGGCAGGCCACAGAUCCUGGUGGGAGAAGGACGGGGAGUGACAGCACAAGAGGCCAAGAUGAGAGCAGCCCACCACGCUGUAGACACAGUACAGAAGGCCUGCUAUGUCAUUGAGCCAAAUUAUCGAUACUUUGCUGAAGGAGAUGUGCCCGAGUUCAUAUCAAGGAAAUAUCCUUUGAAAACUCAUAUAUACGAGAUAAUCCAGAACUUGGACCACAGUAAGUCAUUGAACAGGUCUACGGUCCAUUUGAUUAUGCGCAUGUUUCGUUCGUCAGACUUGGAGGACAUUUUCUUCCUUGCCACCGACUUCUCCUAUAGAGAGAGAGCUCUUGUUAUUGAGGUUGCUGACGAGCUAGAGCUGUGGUGGCGACUGUUUGGAUCAAGAGAACUGGAAGUGCCAGAAGAUGAUAUUUCCAUGCAGCACAUAUGUGUGUACAAGGAACGUGAUGCUCUGUCCCUAGUCCAUCAACUACAAGAGAAUGGCGGCUCCAAUCUCAAGUACACGCUGCUAGAUCCACGGGAGUCGCGCAUUACGGACAGACACGCAGCCCGUGGUUCGUUUACGGAAGAUUUUUAAUUUUCACAGUGGCUUGUUUCACAAUACAGUUGGAAUGUUUUUAGUUACUUUCAUAGGUUAUAAUGAAA